ACCGGCCGCGCCGCAGCCGGGCCUCAGACAUGCCCCCCCUCCUGGCCCCCUUCCUCCUCCUCCUCCUCGCCCCUCUCUGUCCCUCCCGCCCCCACCCCUCCUUCUCCGCCCCCAACGCCACUUUCAACCACCUGGCACGCGCCAGCGGCUCGGGGACUGUGUACGUGGGGGCCGUGAACGCCCUGUACCAGCUGACGCCGGAGCUGGGGCUGGAGGGGCGGGCGCGGACCGGGCCGGAGCUGGACAGCCCCGAGUGCCUCCCCUUCCGGGACCCCCAGGACUGCCCCCAAGCCCGCCCCACGGACAACGCCAACAAGCUGCUGCUGCCCAACGAGGCGGCCGGGGAGCUGGUGGUCUGCGGGCAGCUGGCGCAGGGGCUGUGCGAGAAGCGGGCGCUGGCCGACGUGGGCCGGGUGCUCUACCGGCCCGAGGAACCGGGCGACAGCCAGUUCGUGGCGGCCAACGAGCCGCGGGUGGCCACGGUGGGCGUGCUCGGGCGGCAGGCCGGGCGGGACCUGCUCUUCGUGGGGCGCGGGCUGACGGGGAAGCUCUCCGGCGGGAUCCCGCCCGUCACCAUCCGGCCCCUGGCAGGGCCCGGCGCCUUCUCCAGCGAGGGGAUGGGCAAGCUGGUGGUGGGCGACUUCUCCGACUACAACAACAGCUACGCGGGGGCCUACGCGGCCGGCGGGCACGUCUACCUGCUCUUCUCCCGCCGCGGCGCCAAGGGGCAGCUGGAUUAUCGCCCCUACCUGGCCCGCCUCUGCGCCCGCGACUUGCACCUCUACUCCUACGCCGAGGUGCCGCUGGAGUGCCGGGACCCCCGCGGGCGCCACUACAACCUGGCCCGGGCCGGGCACCUAGCCCAGCUGGCGCCCCCCCGGGGAGACGUGCUCUUCGUGCUGGCGGCCGUGGGGCAGGGGGCCACGGCCACCCCCGGCCCGCAGACGGCCCUGUGUGCCUUCCCGCUGGCCCAGCUGGACGCGGCCGUGGAGAGGACCCGGCGGGCCUGUUACACGGCGGGGGGCCGGGGGCCAGGAGGCUGGGAGGAGGCGGCCAUCGAGUAUGGGGUGACGUCCCGCUGUGCCGAGCUGCCCAAGGAGUCCCCGGACGUUUACCCCUGCGGAGACGAGCACACCCCCAGCCCCAUCGCCGGCCGCGUGCCCGUGGAAGCCAGUGCCCUGGUGACUGGGCUGCCGAUGCUCACGGCCGUGGCGGCGAUGGCGGAGGCCGGACACACCAUCGCCUUCCUCGGAGACGGGCUGGGGCAGCUGCACAAGGUGUAUCUGAACUCCUCCAUGGGGCAGGUGUACAGCUCCGUGCGCCUCGGCCAGCGCUCCCCGGUCAGCCCCGAUCUCCUCCUGGAUGGCAGCGGGACCCACCUCUACGCCAUGACGGAGUCCCAGGUCACCAAGGUCCCGGUCUCCGAGUGCCCCCGCUUCCAGGACUGCGCCGGUUGCCUCCGCGCCCGGGACCCUUUCUGCGGCUGGUGCAUCCUGCAGGGCCGGUGCACCCGCAAGCUGGAGUGCGAGCGCUUUGAGGCAGCCGACCAAUGGCUGUGGAGCUACGGGGCCAGCAGCCAAUGCCUGCGCGUCGAGACGGUGAUGCCGGCCAAUCAGAGCCACGAGGAACAGACAGACGUCUCGCUGUGGGUGCCCCGGCUGCCCCCCCUGGCUGAGGGCGAGAGCUAUCACUGCGCCUUUGGGGAGCAGGACAGCCCCGCCCUGCUGCAGGACGCCUGGGUCCGCUGCCGCUCGCCCCCCAGCCCCCAGGUGCCGCCCAGCCAGGAGGGCAAAGAUCACGUGACCGUGGCGCUGUCCCUGAUGUUCGAGGACGUGGUGGUGGCGGCGACGGAGUUCGUCUUCUACGACUGCAGCGCGGUCACACGGCUGGCGCGGCCCUCCCCGUGUGGUGGGUGCGUGAGCAGCCCCUGGCCCUGUCACUGGUGCCCGAGGAGUCACAGCUGCGUCCCGGGCGCGUCCUGCCCCCACGGCGAAGGGAUCAUCUACAACCAGAACGUCCGGGAGUGGGGCCCCUGGGGCCCGGAGGCCUGCCCCAGCCUGGGGGGCAUCGAGGGGUCCCCCCUGGUGCCCGUGGGGGUGGCCGUGCCCCUGAGCCUGGUGGCCCACAACCUGCAGCUUCUGGGGGACCCGUUGCCACGGUUGCGCUGCGUGGUGGAGGUGGGGGGGGCACCCAUGUCGGUGGAGGCGUCGCUGGACGAGGAGGGGGGGGCCCAGCGGGUCCGGUGCCGCCCCCACAUAUACAGCUACCUCCUGCCCCCCCCCCAGCUCCCAGCCCCCCUCUACAUCUCCGCAGGGGGCGCGGGGCGCCUGGACAACCGGGGGGACCUGCAGGUGACCCUCUACAACUGCUCCGUGGGGCGGACCGACUGCAGCCACUGCCUGGCAGCCCCGCCGGAGCUGGGCUGUGUCUGGUGCCCGGCCGGGGGGGGUCCCGGCUGCCGCUUCCGGAACCUCUGCCCCCCCGGCGCCGCCGAGCCCCUCUGCCCCACCCCCAUCAUCCAGGCGAUCCAGCCCCACAGCAGUCCCCUGGAAGGGGGCGUAUCCCUCACCAUCACGGGCUCCAACCUGGGCCGGCGCCUGGCAGACGUGGGGUCGGUGCGGGCGGCCGGCCGGCCCUGCACCCCCGACCCCGCCCUCUACCGCGUCUCCAGACGGAUCGUGUGCCGGGUCUCUCUAGGGCAGAGGGGCGUCUCUGGCCCCGUUGAGGUCACCGUGGGGAACCGGCCCCCCGGCAUCUCUGCCGACCACUUCACCUACCAGGACCCCACCCUGCGGGAGCUGCACCCCAGGAUGGGCCCCAUGGCAGGGGGCACCCGACUGACCAUCCUAGGGGAGGAGCUGCUGACGGGCGACCAGAUCGCAGCCUUCGUGGGAGAGCUCCCCUGUACCAUAGUGGCCCCCGUGGAGCCCACGGCCAUUGUGUGCAUGACCAGCCCCAGCCCGGAGCCGCGGGAGGCAUCCGUGCGGGUGCUGUACGGACAGACAGAGCGCCGCCUGCAGGGGGGCACCUUCACCUACACCCCGAACCCCAACAUCACCGGGGCGGAGCCGGCCACCAGCUUCCGGGGGGGCGGUCGGAUCAUCCGCGUGGAAGGCACCCACCUGGACGUGGUGCAGCAGCCGCUCAUCAAGGCCCUGCUGGUGCCGGGGGGGCCGAAUGGCAGCAGGGGGAGCAGGAGGAAGAAGAGGGGGUGCUGGGGGCCGCCCCGGGCCCUGCCGACCCCCCCACGCCCCUGCUCCAUGGUGGGGGACCUGCUGGAGUGCUGGGAGCCCUGCUGCCCCAACUCCUCGGCACUAAUGCUGUGCCCUACGCCGGCCGUGCCCCCCGGCGCACCCCUGCGGGACCUGCUCUUCGUGCUGGACGGGGUACGGCUCAGCUUCGCGGUGGCCAGCGGGGGGCAGCACUUUGCCUAUACGCCCGACCCCCAGCUGCGCUGGCUGGGCCGCGGGGCCCCUGGCGCCCCCUACAGCCUCAAGCCGGGGAAUGUGCUGCACGUGGAGGGGGAUGGGCUGACCCUGGGGAUCUCCAAGGAGGAGGUGCUGGUGUGGGUGGGGGAGGGGCUCUGCACCGUCAAGACCCUGACCCGCACCCAUCUGUACUGCGAGCCCCCUCUGCGCCCCCCCCGGCCCCUCAACGCCUCCGCCGGCCUGCCCGAGUUCAUCGUGCAGAUGGGGAACCUGCGUCUGGAGCUGGGCCGGGUUCACUAUGACACGGAGCCGACCACCCGCUUUCCCCCCGAGGCGCAGGUUGGGCUGGGGGUGGGGGCGGCACUGCUGGCCUUCAUCGUGCUGCUCCUCAUCCUCAUGUACAGGCGGAAGAGCGAGCAGGCCCUGCGGGAUUACAAGAAGGUUCUGGUGCAGCUGGAGACCCUGGAGGUCAGCGUGGGGGACCAGUGCCGGAAGGAGUUCACCGACCUGAUGACGGAGAUGACGGACCUGAGCGGGGAGCUGGAGGGCUCAGGGAUCCCCUUCCUGGACUACGGCACCUACGCCCAGCGCGUUUUCUUCCCUGGCCAGGGGGGGGCGCCGGCACGACGGGGCUUCGAGCUGCCCGAGGGGCGCAGGGCCACUGUGGAGCAGGGCCUGGCCCAGCUCUCCAGCCUUCUCAACAGCAAGGCCUUCCUGCUGACGCUGAUCCACACGCUGGAGGGGCAGGCGUCGUUCUCGCGGCAGGACCGGUGCCAGGCGGCCUCGCUGCUGGCGCUGGCGCUGCACGGGCGGCUGGAGUACCUGACCGACGUCAUGCAGAGCUUGCUGGGCGAGCUGGCGCAGCGCCACAUGGCCCGCAACCCGAAGCUCAUGCUGCGCAGGACGGAGACCAUGGUGGAAAAGCUGCUGACUAACUGGAUGUCCAUCUGCAUGUACUCCUACCUCCGGGAGGUGGCGGGCGAGCCCCUGUACCGGCUGUUCCGGGCCAUCAAGUGGCAGGUGGACAAGGGGCCGGUGGACGCGGUGACGGGCCAGGCCAAGCGGACGCUGAGCGACGGGCGCCUGCUGCGGGAGGACGUGCCCGUCCGGCCCCUGGCGCUGAGCGUGCUGCUGCGGGGGGCGCCAGGGGGCGCCGGGGGAAGCGGGGUACCCGCCCGCGUCCUCGACACUGACACCAUCAGCCAGGUCAAGGAGAAGAUCCUGGACCAGGUCUACAGGGGGGUGCCCUUCUCCCAGCGCCCCCCGGCCCACGCGCUGGACCUGGAGUGGCGCUCAGGUGUGGCCGGUCACCUGACCCUGUCUGACCAGGACCUGACGUCCGUCACCCACAACGGGUGGAAGAGACUCAACACCCUGCAGCACUACAAGGUUCCGGACGGGGCGACGGUCGGGCUGAUCCCGCGGCUCCAGAAUGACGUCCCCCAGAGCCCCAACCAGAGCUUCCUCUCCGGGGAGAACACCCCAAUGCUGGAGGAUGGCGACGAGGGGGGGCUGCGGCUCUGGCACCUGGUGAAGCCGACGGAGGAGCCAGAGGCCCCAAAGCAGCAACAGCGUCGCAGCAGCCUGCGGGAGCGACCCACGGCCAUUCCCGAGAUCUACCUCACCCGCCUGCUCUCCGUCAAGGGGACGCUGCAGAAGUUCGUGGAGGAUGUGCUGCAGGCCGUGCUGAGCGUGGGCCGCCUCCCCGUGGCCGUCAAGUUCCUCUUCGACCUGCUAGAUGAGCUGGCCGCCCGCAACGGGGUCAGCGAGCCCGAGACCCUGCACAUCUGGAAGACCAACAGCCUGCUGCUGCGGUUCUGGGUGAGCAUCGUGCGGAACCCCCAGCUGCUGUUCGACGUGCGAGUGCCGGACAACGUGGACGCCGCCCUGAGCGUCAUUGGCCAGACCCUGAUCGACGCCUGCACCCCCGGCCAGCACAGCGUGGGGCGGGACUCGCCCGUGAACAAACUGCUCUACGCCCGGGAGAUCCCACGCUACAAGGAGCUGGUGGAGAAGUACUACGCCGACAUCCACCAGGCGCCCCCAGCCACCUACCAGGAGAUGAACUCGGCCCUGACGGAGCUGUCCAGGAAAUACUCCUCGGACCUGGACUGCUCGGCUGCGCUGCAGGAGCUGUAUGGCUACAUCAAGAAGUACUACGACCAGAUCAUCAGCGCCCUAGAGGAGGACCCUGUGGGGCAGAAGAUGCAGCUGGCCUGUCGGCUGCAGCAGAUCGCCGCCCUGGUGGAGAACCAAGUCACCGACCUGUGACUGGCCCCACGCCUGCGCCACGGAUCCCCAAGUUCCUGCUCCCCCCCAAACCUCCCCAGAUCUCAGGGAUCCCCUUGCGCCCCCCCAGCCCACACCCCACUGCCUCUCCCCAGUCCGGGGAUCCCCCCCCCCAGUGCCUUAUGCAACGCUGCAAAGGGGGUUCCCUGCACCCCCAACUCCCCCACCCCCACAAGUUCCUGUCGGUAGAGGUGUAUGUCUGCCCUAGCUGCCUUCAGCCCUCUUUGGGGUGCCCCCGACCCCCUCACUGAGAUUUCAGGGUACAGGAGCCCCCCCUUUCUUCAGCCCUGGGGUCCCCCAGGCAAGUAGUGCACUAAUCUGGGGUGUCUGUAGCCACCCCUGCUUUGUACAGAGCGGUGCUAACGACCCCCGAGAACCCCCUAUUUCGAACCCCCUUGUACAGGCCCGGAGCUCGGCCUUUGGAUGUAAUUUAUUUUCAGCAAUAAAAACACUUUUCAGAAA